AUGGCAGGGGCCGUUGACAUCGCAUUGGAAAACCGAUAUCCAAAUGCCCCCUGGUUUGCGCUUGGCGCGGCCGGAGGGGCGGGCCCCUUGUUUCAAGGCUCAAUGGGUGCGAUGCCUCCGACAAUGCAAUCCGGGCAGUUUCACUCGAUCAAGGUCACAAAGGUCGGCUUGCUGCUACGUAAGGACGACACUGUUGAGGGCGGCCGCCGGGUGCUGAACCGCAAGUGGCGGGAGUGUUGCGUGCUUCUGACUGGCUCGCAGCUACUUUUCUUCCGUGACCCGACGUGGACGGCCGCGAUACAGGCGCAUAUCGCACCGUCCGGCAACCGAAUGCUCUCCCGUGCGGCGCUUCCGCAGCCCGACGAGUAUGUAUCCGUUAAAGACGCAGUUGCUGUCUUUGACAAAUCCUACAUCAAACAUCGUCAUACGUUGCGCUUGGUGAUGUCAGACGGACGUCACUUCCUGCUGCAGGCCCCCGAUGAGAAAGAGAUGAACGAAUGGAUCUCCCGCAUCAAUUAUGCGAGCGCGUUCAAGACAGCCGGUGUUCGGAUGCGGGCCCAAGGUAUGAGCUACCGUGACAUCGAGCUCACCGGCAUCGCCGCUGCCGAUUCGCAUCUGCGAGAGAUACGGCAUCGGGCUACAACGAGCAUUUCUCCGCGAGUGAGGACGUGGUACGGCGGAUCGCCGGAGGACCUACAGAUGUCCUCCACAGACCUAUCGAUCUCUCCUAACGGGCUGUUGGCCCCGCCGGCGCGACAGCCUUCGAUGUCGUCCACGGCAGACUCGACCGCGUAUCAAGUCGAGAGCUCCGCGAAGCUAUUCAAGGCUACGUUUGACGAGGUCAAGACUGAGCUCGCCCAAAGUCGAUGGUCAUCUGAGAAGUCGGAUGGCCAGCGUAACGGGCGCCCUCGCACGCUCAGUCUGGAGUCUGCUCCCCAAUCGCCUCCGGGUUCGCCGAUGUCACCUCUGUCCGACUCGAGCGAGUCAUCCCGGUGGUCCUCGCGGUCAGAGAUCAUCCGCCGCAAGCUGCGUGAUCUAGACGCACGUAUCACGCUCGCGCAGACACAGCUGGACUCCGACAUGCGUCUGGUGCGGAACCUGGCGGUGCUAACGCCGUUCCAGCGUGCAACGCGGGACCGCGUGCAGGUUGCGGUGCAGGGCGCGGCCAAACGCGUGAUGCAGAUGCGGCUUGACCUCGAAAAGCUUCCGCAGGAGGAGCAGGCGGAGGAGUGGAACAAGACACGCGCGGCGAAGCGGGUGUCGCUCGUGCGGCUGCCGCCGGACUUGCGGAUCUCGGUGCUGUUCGGGAAGCACGGGCGCGCGGCGAGCGAGAGCAUCUCGGAGGACACGGCGACGGGGGCGCCUGCGUCGCCCACGCGGGGUGGCGCGGGUCUGAGCCCGUACACGCGGACGAGGGAGACGCUUACGAUGCUGGACAUGUGAGGGCGGGAUGGACGGUGAGCAGUAGAUGUGUGGAUGGACCCUUGUCGAUAUUUGCACUCCUUCGUGUCGUCGCAUAUUUACAUUGCAUUACAGCAUACAUAGAUAGAGUAUUAGCACGUUUAUUGAUAGCAGCGUUGAGUUAUGGAAUAUGUAUUGUUAGCGCGCUAUAUAUAGGGAGACGCGCAGACGUCUGCCACAGUACCGUAC